AUGAGCUCAGCCGGGGGUCAGCUUCGACCUGCCGCGGAGGUGAUGCUGCGGCCGGAAGAGUUCCAGGAGUCCCGGGCGGGCACGACGGAUGAAGAGAGCUGGACUCGGCGGCUCGACCCUUGCCCCAUCCCGCCGCCCCGGGAAGAGGUAGGCGCGGACGAGGAGGGCGCCGAGCAGGGGCUGCCCCGGCCCGGGGGCGGUCCGUCAGCUGGGGAGCGAGGGGCGGGCUCGGCUUUAACAGCCCGAAGGAGCAGGCAGGGAACAGGUAACCGCUGCCUGCGCGUCCCCGCUGCUCGGUCAGAGACUGCCGGGGGCCCGCUCUCUCCCAACCGGUGCAGCAGCAGCUGCCGGGCUCGCCUGGUGCGGACCGCGGAGGCUCCGGCCGGUUCUCCCCGAGCCCUGCUGAGCGAGGGUGUGAAGGAAAUGGAAGAGACGAUCGAAGAGCUGUUGAGGAGGCUGGAGGAGUUCUGCGGGAUCAUGGACGCGAUUAGAAGUGAUACAUCAGAGAUCCUGGACGAGACCAUUCCUCUCAUUAAAGGCAAAGUGAUGGAAAUGAACCAUGUCUAUGCCAAAGUUGAUAAAUUAGAGGCAUUUGUUAAAAUGGUUGCACACCACGUUUCCUUCCUAAAAGAGCAAGUGCUUGAAGCAGAGAAGAGCCAAGGCACCUUUCUUAAUACUGUUUGCAAAUUAUUUCAGUGUGCAAGUGCCUCAUCAUUUAAAAAGAGUCAGCUUCCAUCAGCGGCACGCUCCUGUGACCUGCCACAACUCUACCGAACAGAAGACUAUUUCCCUGUGAAUGAUGUAGGUACUAAAUAUCCAAACCAAUGACUUGACUAA